AUGGGUGCAACUACACAAGAAUUUGAAAUAUUUGAACAGCAAUUUAUAGAAUUAAUUGGUGAAUAUCAGACAAUUUCGGGUUCCGAAAAGCAGUUGCGUGCAGAGCUUCGUAAAGAGGCAACGCGUGCAGAGGGAGCCGAAGCAGCUCGAGAUGCGGCAGAGCGGGCGGCGGCGACAACUCGCGCCAGCGCCGCCGCCGCCACCGCCGGCGCCGCACAGGCCGCCAAGGCACUCGCAUCGGCACAGGAAGAGCUUGUCACUGUUAAAAUGCAAUUGGAUUUUUCUGAAAAUCAGCGCAGACUCUUUGAAGAUAAAUGCACUGAGAUGUCUGAUAAAAUAAAUUGUCUAGAAAAAGAAUUACAGCAACUGCAACCUCUACAGUCCGCACACGGUGCCACACAGCGUCAGUAUAUCGAAUUACAGGGACGCAUUCAAACCGUCACAGAAGAAGCUCGAAGCGAGGUAUCCAAACUUGAGGUUGAACUUCGAAGAGUAGAGCGGUGCGCCGGCGCGGGCGCCGAGCUGCGCGAGCGCGCGCGGCUCGCGGCGGCGGCGCACGCGCGCGAGCGGGCACUCGCAGCCAACGAGCUCGCUCACACUACUCGAGAGCUGCUCGCAGCUAAUGCUGAAAUAGCUCGACUCAAAAUUAAAGUAACCGAGUUACUGUAUCAGUUAUCCAAUAGAGAGUCCCUCAACGAGAUGCAUGACCCGGAAUCACAAGCUUUAGCCGAAGUGCGUGCGGCUUUAGAAGCUGAGAGAUCAGGAACGGCUAAGUUAGAACGGGCCUUAGCUGCGGCUUUAGCUGAUAACGCUACUUUAGCAUCUGAAUUACAUAUAAAAGAUAACGAUUCAUCCGAAGAAAAAACUUCAAUAUCAGAAAACCCUUCUAGUAUAUGCCCAAUAGAUUCAUUUCUUGCAGAUUAA